AUGGAUAUUAAAAAUUCAAGAAUCAAUUACAAGAAUCCAUACGAUUCCGCAAAUUUUAUUAAUAGAAAUCUAUUCUGGUGGAUUAAUCCAUUAUUAUAUAAAGGUUAUAAAAAUGAUUUGGGUUUACAUGAUCUCUAUAAAUGUCCUAAAAUUGAUGAAUCAGAAACAUUAGGCACAAAAUUGCAGCGUGAAUGGGAUAAAGAGAUACUCAAAUGUAAAGAUAGUGGUAAUGCUAUGAGUUUGUUAAGGGCUAUCAUCCGAGCAUUUGGUUUCUGGUAUUUUAUGGCCGGUUCGCUAUCUAUACUAUCGGAAUGUAUAGUUAGAACUGGUCAGCCAAUAGCGAUGGCCUAUUUAAUAAUCUACCUAGAUAAAUACAAAAAAUCAAAUGAUAAAUUAGAUUUGCAAAAUUUUUAUUUAAUGACACUAAUGGUCAUUAUAUCUGGUGCUGUCUAUAAUUUUAUAUUAAAUCCAUACUUUUUUAAAAUGGCCCGAAAGGGGAUGCAAUUAAGAAUAGCGUGUUGUCAUUUAAUAUACCGAAAGGCCUUACGCUUAAGCCAUAAAGCCCUGAGCCGGACAACUGUCGGCCAAAUGGUUAAUCUGAUAUCCAACGAUGUCAGCCGUUUUGACUAUUCGUUUACAUUCAUACCAUUCAUCAUAACGGGUCCAUUGAAUGCUAUUGUCGUCAUAUCAUAUCUAUAUUUUUCACUUGACUGGUCCGUAUUUGUCGGGUGCUCUGUGUUUAUUGUUUACAUACCAUUUCAGAUGUUUAUGGGACGACUGUUUUCAAAAUUGCGAGCAAAGACAGCUAUACUUACCGACGAACGUAUAAGACUUAUGAAUGAAAUAAUACCAUCGAUGAGAGUAAUUAAAAUGUAUACAUGGGAAAAACCAUUUGCUAAACUGGUAGCCCUGGCCCGGCACAGGGAAGUUGACAAAAUUAGACAGUCCUCUUUGCUCAGGGGUGUCAAUAUGGCAUUGUUUUUUGUAUCCAGCAAAAUUAUUAUAUUUAUAUGUCUUGUUGUUUUUAUCCUAAAUGGAGGUAAAAUAACUGCACAAAUAGUAUUUAUGUCAAUGGCAUUGUUCAAUGGUUUGAGAAACAGUUUGACACUACUAUUUCCAUACGCUAUAUCCCAGGGUUCAGAGGCGCUAAUAUCAAUCAAACGUAUUCAGGAGUUUUUACUAUUGGAAGAAAAGCAGACAAAAACCAAAUAUAUUGAUAUGGGAAACGACUUAAAUGAUAGCAACAAAGUUACGGGUGUUUGGCUUAACAAAGUAAAUGCUUCGUGGACAGGGAGUAAUAAUAAAUCAGAUAUUACAUUGCAUGACAUAACAUUUAAGGUGGCUGUCGGUCAGAUUAUGGUUAUAGUGGGUCCUGUAGGUUCCGGUAAAAGUUCAGUUUUGAUGAGCAUAUUAUCGGAAAUUCCUAUAACUUUUGGUCAUAUAAAAGUAAGAGGAAAAGUAGCUUAUGCCAGUCAACAACCCUGGUCAUUUGCUGGCACUGUACGCGAUAAUGUGCUGUUUGGCAGCGCAUAUGACGAAACAAAAUACCGAAACGUGUUGCACGUGUGCGCACUGGAAAAGGAUUUACAAUUAUUUCCUAACGGUGAUCAGACUAUAAUCGGGGAAAGGGGUGUCUCAUUAAGUGGCGGUCAAAAGGCACGAAUCAAUUUGGCCCGAGCUUUGUAUUAUGAGGCAGACAUUUACUUAUUAGAUGAUCCACUCAGUGCAGUAGACUCAGCCGUUUCUAAGCAUAUAUUUGAGAAAUGUAUUUGUGGUUAUCUAAAAAAUAAAGUGGUAAUACUGGCCACACAUCAGCUACAGUUUCUCAAACAUGCUCAUCAAAUACUGGUCCUCAAUGAUGGCCAUACAGAAGCAGUGGGCAGUUAUCAACAAUUGUUAAAUUCUGGGAUAGAGUUUAUUAAAUCAACAAACAAUGAUAAGAAAUUAGAUAAAACUGAUGAUUAUAUAGUAAUGCCUACCAGUGCUGAUAGUGAUAGUCGUAAAAUAAGAAGUGAAUCUAAUGUAUCCAAGAAAUCAAUUGAAACAAUUGAUUUUAUUGAAGGCGAAAAAGUUCAGACAAAAUCAGAUGAAAUACAUGUGAAGGGAUCAGUCGGUGGGCGUAUAUAUUGGCUGUAUUUGACAUCUGGCGGCGGUUUCUUCUUAAUAUUUACAUUGAUUUCAUCAAAUGUAUUGACACAACUACUGUUUAACGGUAGCGACUAUUUCCUAUCCCUUUGGACACAACGAGAACAGGGUUUAACUGUUACUCUCAUUGAACAUUGGGAUCAAAAUCUACUGAUCAUCGCAUUUGCCGUAAUGGUUGGCCUAUUGUUUUUCAUGUCACUCAUUAGGACAACCGUUUUCUUUACGAUAUGUAUGCGCUCAUCAAUUAAAUUGCACAACAAAUUUUUUAAUAGUAUAAUAAGGACAUCCAUCAGUUUUUUCGAUAAUCAUCCAAUUGGUAUACUAUUGAACCGGUGUUCACGCGAUAUGGGACUCAUCGACGAUCAGAUACCGCAGACAGCCUUCGACACAAUCGAGAUAUUCUUCCAGCUCUGGGGUGUACUCAUACUGAUCGCACUAAUAGACUACUGGGUAAUUGUGCCGACAUUUAUAUUGAUUGUACUAUUUGUCUAUUUACGUAAAUAUUAUCUGAUGAGCGGUCGGAGCUUCAAACGGCUCGAAGGUAUUACUAAAUCGCCAGUGUUUUCUCAUUUGGCCAAUUCGUUACACGGUUUGACUACUGUGCGGGCUUUUGGAGCUCAGCAAUCAUUUGAGGAACAGUUCGAUAUAUAUCAAGACAAUCAUACGGCCACUUGGUUUCUGUUUUUGUCGUCCUCGCGAUGGUUUGCUAUAGUACUCGACUGGUUGUUAUGGCUGUACUUAACAGCUGUCACAUUGUUAAUGACACUCAAUUAUGAAAACAGUACGUCCAGUGCCAUUGGAUUGGCCAUAUCGUCGGCCAUUUCCAUAUGCGGUACCUUUCAAUGGGGUGUCAAACAAUCUGUUGAAUUGGAAAGUCACAUGACAUCAGUGGAAAGGGUGGCCGAGUUUAGUAAUUUACCAACAGAGCCGAACUUGGAGUCAACUCAUGAUAAUAAUAGACCUCCUAGUAGUUGGCCCUCAACCGGAUCUCUACAGUUUGACAAUGUUAGCCUAGCAUACAGUAAUGAUGAAACACAGGUACUUAAAAAUUUGACAUUCAAUAUAAAUUCAAACGAAAAAGUCGGUGUUGUCGGUAGAACCGGUGCCGGCAAGUCGUCUAUUAUAGCGGCACUGUUCCGAAUGACUUUGCCGACCGGUUAUAUAAAAAUUGAUGGCAUCGAUACCUCACAAAUAAGUCUAACCGAUUUGCGCUCAAAGAUCUCUAUCAUACCGCAAGAUCCGGUACUGUUUGCCGGACCCGUGCGGCGUAAUAUCGAUCCGUUUGGCGAUCACAAUGAUCAGCGAUUGUGGGAAGUGUUGGAUGAGGUUUGUCUUAAAGACGCUGUUCAUGAAAUGUCCGGCGGUCUCGACGCCAAAGUAGCCGAUGGCGGCAGCAAUUUCAGUGUAGGUCAGCGGCAACUCAUUUGUCUGGCCCGAGCUUUGCUCAAACAAAACAAUAUACUAGUGCUCGACGAGGCCACAGCUAAUGUCGAUCCUAAGACCGAUUCACUAAUACAGCAAACAAUUAGGGAAAAAUUUGCUAAAUGUACAGUUUUGACUAUAGCUCACCGAUUGCAUACAAUUGUGGACAUGGAUCGAGUAUUGGUACUCAAUGCCGGACAGGUAGUCGAGUUUGAUGAACCACACCUAUUGCUACAAAAUCCCGACGGACUGUUCUCUACAAUGGUUCGCAUGACUGGUAAAUCUAUGGCAAAUACACUAAAAGAUAUGGCAUUACAGGCCUAUAGAAAUAGGAAAAACCUCUAAUUGUAAUAACUGUGAUCACAAAUAAUUGAUAAAUACUGUAUGAUAUAACUAUACUGUAUGUU